AUAAAUUUGACAUUUGCUCAGAUUUGAUGCUUUAUAAAAUUAUUUCAUAAAUAUUGUAAUGGCAUUAUUCAAAGCCUAUAGUGAUGACAAAACAGAAAAAGAAGGUAGUGUUGAUCAACAAAACAUUGAAUUAAUUACUGAAUCUGAAUUUCCACAAAAAGUUGAUACACAUGGUAACAAACACGGGAGCGAUGCUUCUGAUAAUGAUUUAUUCUUUAUUGAUUCCAUGGGAAAUCAAAAUAAUUUAUUAGAUAAUUCAAAUGCUAGAAAAAUAGAAAGAAAGGAGGAUUAUGUUCAAAUACGAAAAACAAAAAAGAAAACUAAGAGGUAUUUAAAAAGAAAAACUUUAGAUUCCAAACCAAAUAUAUUUAAUUUGAAUGAUGAAUUGAAAAGUCUGCAAAGUUUGUUAUCACAUGAUGAAAAUAAUAUUGGCUUGUGGAAGGAAUUUAUUAACGCACAAGCAAAAAAUAUUUCUGUGGGUAAUGUUAAAGCCAUAACAGAGAGACAAAUCAGUAUUAUAGAAGAAGCUCUAAAAAAGAACCCCCGGAAUGCAGAACUUUAUGAUUUAUGGUUUCAGUGCAAUAGAAAAAUUUAUUCGCAUAAUGAUUUUACUAAAAUUAUUAUGGAACAAACAGAGAAAGAUUCUGGAAAUUUUCAAUUGUGGCUAGCGUUGAUAGAUUGCACACAGCAGUCAAUUUCAGAAUGCAAUGUAACUGUUGUAUUAGAGUUGUAUCAGAAAGCAAUGACCUGUUUUAAAAAAUUUCGUCAUCAACACACAUGCAACAAAGGAGUUUUAUUCAAAUUAUUUCAGCGUGUUACAGUAUUUCUUAGGCAAACGGGUUCUUGGAAGGAGCUGUUGUAUUUCUUGGAAUACACAAUGUGGCUGAAUUGCAGUGAUUGUGAGCUAUCACAAAUAUUUAAAUUUCCAGAAAUAUCUAACAGCAUUUUGAUAGAACUGGAAGAAGCGGUUCUUCAAUCUGGUUUACCAUUAUCUGAAAUUUGGUAUCGAAUUGAAUCUUUGCGUGAAACUUUCAAUUGGAGUACAGUUAAAACAGAUUUUAGCAAUUUGGCCUGCAAUCUUACAAUUGAAGAAAUGGAUGACUUGACAACAGUAUUUAGUGAAGAUACUACGAAAUUUCAUUUAUUUUUACAUAUAUUAUCUGUUUUGAGGAUACCAAUUUUACCAAAAAAUUACUCAUUUUAUGGAGUAAUAGGCUUGACUGAAAUUACAUGGCAUAUUGAUAGUUGUGAACAUAUUCUAUACUCGUUUUAUGAGACAAAUGAGAAGCAUUCUGAUAUAAUGCAAAUUUUGUAUGAUAUGUUAUCCACAAUCAUUGAUGGGCCUCAAUAUUGGGGUCCACGUCCAUUCACCUCUGAUUACUAUGAUUUCGCAACUACUUUAAUAAAAAAUCUAAUGCAUUAUUCAAAAGAUGAAUAUGAUAAAUUAGCAUUUGGGUUGUUGUAUAUCAGAUUUAUUAUGAUGCAUAUAAAUUUGAUGAAAUAUUCAAAAAAAACUAUUAAUGCAAAAAGCAUUAAGAAGAAAGUAAAGACAUUAUUAUCAGAAAAUAAUAAUUUAAAGUCUUCAAUUAUAUUGUAUGUAGAAUAUGCAAAACUUGAAGCUUGCAUAUCUGAUGUAUCUAGUGGAUUAAAUACAAUGAUGGCUCUAAUGAAUUCUGGAAAUUAUGAAGUUGCUGAAUUGUCAUAUUUAAUUAGGACUUGUAUAGAUUAUAAUUUAAUUAGCGACAGUAAAAAUCUUGAUAAACAACUGUACCUGAAGAUGCUAGCAAAACUUGUGCAUAAAGAACCAUUUAAUAACUUUGAUAUACCCAUAAUAGUGACAAAAUUUUAUGAAGCACCUUGUUGUACAGAAUUGAAAAAUGUUACAUCACACUUAAUUUUACCAAUUACACAAGAGCACUUUAUAUGUUGUGGUGCAUAUUUUGUGUAUUUUACUUUAGGAUUUCAAAAAGCUAUAGAGUAUAUAAAUAAAAUGAGCGAAAACGUUCAUUUUUUAAUAAAAGAAAGUUUAUUUGAAUGGGUUGCUGGUAUAAGUUACUUGCACUCAGAAGAAAAGAUCAUACAUAAUUGUUUAGAAGUUGCAAUUUCAGAAUAUCCGAAUAAUAGUAAAUUAUUAUUGGCAUAUGUGGCAUUACCUUUACAUUGGACAAAAAUAAAAGGAGUUCUUUCACACAGUAUUUUAGGGGUUACUCUUUUAAUGUGUUUUGCGAAAUUGAAAGAAUCAAUAGCUUUUGAUGAUACAGAAAGAAUUGCAUAUAAAAACAGGCAAUCGUCUAUCAUAAAUGAAGUAAUGAAAGAUGAAUAUUUAACUCAAUGUCCUUUUAUCUGGAAGAUAUAUUUGCAAUUUUUAUAUGAGAAUGGAUCUGAAAAAAUUAUGGAUACUAUGACACAAGCUAUCGAAAAAUAUCCUUGGUUGAAGGCUUUUUAUGUGUCCGGUGUCAGAUAUGUUCCACAAGAGCAUUCUGCUUUCCAAGACAUUAUUGCUGAGAAAGAAUUAACAUUGCUCGCAUUAACAGAAGAAUUGGAGAUUCUACGACAAGAUAAUCCAGAUAAAUAAUCAAUUAAUGAAUUGAAAAUGU